AUCCCUUAGAAGGACGAGAGUUUGUGGAAGUUGUUCUUAUGAGGAUGGGAAAUGUCGCUUUAAAUGCGUUAAAGGUUUAUUUAGUCCCCUGUAUCAGUGUCUAUAGUUGGCGCUGAUGAUGGUCAGCGAGCGGUAAGAGAAUGUGAGGACUCAGGACCAGCUGAUCGCAUUCAGCUUUGCUUAGAUCGCUGGCGUGCAUCCGCAGGUGUUCGGUUUGGGGUUUAUAAUCUCAGAGCUCAGGGAGCAUGAGCCAUUUGCAGAACUUACUGUUAGAUACCCUCCUGGGAACAAAGCAUGUGGACAGUGCAGCCCUCAUCAAACUCCAGGAGCGAAGCUUGAGUGUAGCAUCACCUGGAUUUAGCGUAAUGCCCAGUGAUGUCCGAACUCUUGUGAAUGGAUUCGCCAAGAACCCUUUGCAAACCAGAAGAGAAGGAUUGUAUUUCAAGGAAAAGGACUACAAAUGUGUCCGGGCAGAUGACUAUUCUCUUUAUGCUAAGAAUGAAAACACUGGUGUGGUUGUUGUGAAAACCCAUCUGUAUCUUCUGGUGGCAACUUACACUGAAGGCAUGUAUCCUAGUGUUUGUGUGGAAGCCACGGAGAAACUGGGAGACUAUCUAAGAAGAAAGGGAAAUUAAGUCAUCAAAGGACUAUGAAAGACAGCUUUUGUUAUUUUAGGAAAUUGAUUCUAAAGAAAAAGUAAUGCCUUAGUUUGUGGUUGAAAAACUCUGGGAAGAAGAUACGGAAAAGGAAGGAAGAAUGGGUUAAGGAAGUGAUUUUUCUUAUUUCAUGAGAUCCUCUUCUUUAAUUGGAAUUCUUUGAUAAGCUUUA